AUGGUCGUUAAGCUUAUUACCUCGGACGUACACAUUCUGAAAACCAGCUUGGAAAAGCGAAUCAGACCUAACUAUGAUUUGCUCAAAGGCAUCCUCGGCUCCCAUACGGAAGUCGCCAUUGCUAUUGGAUCUCGGAGUUCCGGAGACAGGAUGUUAUGCACUCUUUAUCCGAGGUCAGUGUUGAAAGAUCCUGCGCAGUUCAACAAAACUAUUGACUUGCUAAAGAAAAUGGGCUUUGAUGUCUCUAAGACUGUCUUUACCUUGGGAGUCAAUGUUCUCUCUGCGUUGUGUAAGGCCACCUGGGACCGAAAAUUCCAGCUUUAUCGUAGCUUAGGAUGGUCCGAUGAUGAUAUCUUAACUGCAUUCAAGAAGCAUCCCUUCUGCAUGCUUUUGUCGGAUGAGAAGAUCAAGCAUAAUUUUGGUUUCUUUGCUAAGGAGCUUCAAUGGGCGCCUUCCUUUGUGGCAACACGGCCUGUUUUGCUUUUUUUCAGUUUUGAGAACACAAUUACCCCAAGAUAUAAGAUUUUCCGGAUUUUAGAAUCCAAGGGCCUGAUAAGAAGGAACGGUGGUUUCUCUACUUUCCUGUGGUUGCCUAAGAAGAAAUUCUUAAAUCAGUAUGUGAUCAAGUUUGCUGAUCAAGUUCCGGAGUUACUAGAACUUUACAAAGAUAAGUUACAAUUGUCCAGAGUUGAGGCAGAUAGUUGAGUGUCCAAUCAAAGUUGUCAGUUUUAUUCAAUGAACAUGAUUUUCAAGU